GAUCAAUUCAAUUUCAAAUGACAAAGAAAUGAAAUUUGUUCAGUCAAAAUCUUUGGCAGAAUAUAAUUUGUCUAUGGAACAAAAAUUAAAAACUGCUCUACAAAAUUUACAAAAAACUCAUUCUGAUGCUGUUGAGAAGAAGAAAAGUGUGGAAGAAAUGAAGGAGAAACUUGACAAGUUAAGCAAUUCUCGCUCGCUUGAUUCUGUUUGUUCUACUUUGAAGACUCUUGCACACGAAGCGGAAAAAGAGAGCGAGAAGAUAUCGGAAGACUUUCACAAGGGAGAGUUGGACAUUGAUGAGUUUGUUAAGCAAUUUUGUGAGAAGCGUGCUACUGUUCAUUUAAGGAAAAUUAAAGAAGAAAAACUUUGUGAAUUACUUCGACAACAACAAUAUAAUCAUUCUGUAGCUGCACCAAAUGUUUAUCCAAUUGGAAAUAAUGCUUCUACGGGUUCUACUCAAUAUCCACAUUAUGCUUUAUUAAAUGAUUCGAAGAAUUAUCGGCAUUCAUUUUAUAGUUAA